AUGGAUGAGAAUGGGUUAGAAAAAUGCGUCUCAUUCUUAAGAGAUGCCCUGAAUAAAAAGUCACCUGCACUUCGGAAUGAUGCUGUUCUAUCUCAAUUUAUCGAAAAAAUCUAUACUAUGCUAGUUAUAAGUGACAUGGAUUUGGUAGUAAAAAUAAAACCAAAUGGAAAACUUUGUAUGUUUUGCAGCAAAAUUAUCAACGGAAUUAACAUUGGAUCGGCUAUAGGGCUCCAAUGCAGCCCUUCUGAGCAUUAUUUCUGCAGUAAAAACUGCUUGAAAAAGCAUGCACUAUUAUGCACAAAAAAUACCUUACUGGAUUUAGAAUAUGUAAGAUGCCCUUCAUGUAGAGUCAGCAUUAAUAUUGACCUAAUUAGUGACGCUUUUGAGGGGCAUAUAGAAGAUAUCCAAAGAGACGCCUGUGACCGAGCUUUAAAAGAGCUUUUAAAUGAAGAAGAAAAAGAAAACCUGCAAGCCAAGUUUAACUGUGGAAUUUGUUAUGGGGAAUUUAAAGUAGAAGAAAGCGUCACCCUUGAAUGUGACCACAGGUUUUGUUUUCCCUGCAUCAAAAUGCAUAUGGAGCUACUCAUAGAAUCAGCCCAAGUAAGUGACGAACACCUAAGAUGCCCGACCUGUGUCCAGCCACUGACUGCUUAUGAAAUUGAAGAUAUCGUAGGUCCUCAGCUUUACGAAAAAUAUGAAAAAUUCCGAUUAAGAGGCUUCAAGCUGUCAGCUGAAGAAGAUGAAAAUUCCAUUUUGUUCCAAUGCAGAGGGGUUGACUGUGAAUAUCUAUGUAUCAUUGAAAAAGGAGUAGGACAGUUUACAUGCCCAAAAUGCAAUUAUAAGUGCUGCCCUAUGUGCAAAAAAGAUAUACACGAUGGGAUGACUUGUGAACAGUUUGAAAAAUAUUUGAAGGAAAAUGAUAAAGAAAGCAAAGCUUUUGAGCAGCUUUUAAGGAGAGAAGGGCUACUGAGGUGUCCAGUGUGUGGGGCGGUUGUGGAGAGAAUUGAUGGGUGCGAGUUUAUGGUAUGCUCGUCUAGUGAAUGCCAAGGGAUGACUUAUUUUUGUUAUAAUUGUGGGAGGAAAUUGGAAAGAGACCAUGAGCCUCAUAGAUGCAAAGUAAGGGAGUUGCCAGAGAAUCAGCGGAAUAUGUAUAGAGCGAAUGAGGAUAUGAUUGCUGAGGUAGGGAGAAGAGGAAUUAACCCACGCCAAAGAGAAAGAAUAAACAGAUUAGGGGUGCAUGCAGAUGGUGUUGAGAGAUUGCUGGGACGGCCUGCUUGGCGAUAA